GGCGUGGUUGGAGGUUGGGGUUCCUGUAAGGGGUGUAAAGCUCCACCCACCACCCCCCACCGCCACUUCUCCCGCGUACAGCGGCUAUAAAGUCUUCCACUUAGCUUCAUGUCGUCAGUGCUCAUCACAGCGACACGACAGUAAAGAUGAGGACUGGCUGGGUAGUGACGCUACUGCUGGUGGUGCUGACGGCAGAGAUGACGAGGUCCUGGCCUCAGUAUGGAGGAGGAGGAGCCGCACCAUCCACAGACCAGCAGCUGCAUGAAGCACUGGCGGGGGGCGGCAGUGAGCAGCAGCAGCAGCAGCAGCAGCAGCAGGGUGGUGACACGGAGGUGUUGACUGAAGACUUCAAGUUCGAGCAAGCUCCUGACUGUUCUAAGAACUAUGCCUGUGCGCCAUGGCAGAUAUGUAUCAACGGUGAGAUCGACACGAGCGGUGUAGGACAGCUGAACCUACGAUCACCAGUGCCAGUGCCAAAGGAGAACACUGCCGUUCUGUGUGCAGGCAUCGGAAAAAUUUGUUGCCUUAUUCCCGGCUUAACAGCUGACGUACAGGUAGAGUCUGGAGGUGGUGGGGGUAUCAUAGAAGGAGGCGUCACAGGUGGUGGAGGGGGCAUCAUAGAAGGCAUCUCAGAUGGUGGAGGGGGCAUCAUUGAAGGUGGGGGUACCUCAGGAAGUGGAGGCAUCAUAGAAGAAGGAGGCUUCUCAGGUGGUGGGGGUACCUCAGGAAGUGGAGGCAUCAUAGAAGGAGGCAUCUCAGGUGGUGGGGGCAUCAUUGAAGGUGGGGGUACCUCAGAAGGUGGUUACUCAGGGGGUGGUGGAUCAACAGUGGUGGAGGCAACAGGUGGAACAGCACACAGCAGUGGAGGCUCUGGCAGCAUCGUAGAGGAGGAAUCCAGCGGUGGCCUCGAGCAACAACAAAGUGGAGGUAAGCCUGGCGUCCCUGUCUUACCAGGACAAUGUGUCGAUGGCUAUGAAUGCGUCUCAACUUACCUCUGCCAUGACGGGAAGAUAAUAACCUCUGGAGAAGGCUUACUCGACAAGCGUAUCGGCGGUAAGCCUAUUUCGUGUGUCAACCCUGAAUACCCGACAGUCCCUUCUGUGUGCUGUCAGUACCCGUCAUGCAAAGCAGGUGACACCUGUGUCGCUAGUGGAGCCUGCACUGGCACCCACGCCACUGACGAGACUGGCAAAUAUCAGGAUUGUUUCGUGGGAGCCAAUCUGGAACCUGGAGUGUGUUGCACUCCACCGAAGCCGCCGGCACCGCUGCAGACCUGCCCGGGCACGAAGAUUUGUGUCACCCAGAACCUCUGUACCUCGUAUGGCAACCUCCUAACUGACGGCACCGGCAACAUCGAUAUCAGACUACAUUCGAUCUGCUAUCUAGGCAAAGAUGAUCCUAAUGGUGUGUGUUGCGAGCCUCCCAAGCCACUCACCACCUGUCCAGGAGACGGUACCUCAGUGUGUGUUCCCUCAGGAACCUGUAGCGGACAGGUAACACAAAGUGCUGCUGGUGACAGCCAGGCAUGUUAUCUGGAGGGCAGUACGACAGAGGUGGGGCAGUGUUGUACUCCACCACCACCAUUAACUACGUGUCCAGGGGAGGAGACCUGUCUCGUAGCUGACCUCUGCUACACCGCUGACAAGAAACCCAGCCCUUCAAACUCGCCAUGUUACGUUAAUCCCAACAUCGUGGGCGUGUGCUGCUACCCAGCUCCUCCGCCCACUGUGCCCGUCCUUGACACCUGCCCUGACAAUUCAGUGUGUCUGCCAGAUAUACUCUGCCAGGGAGAUAUUCUGAACGAGGCUGGUGCCUACGUCUCCCACUCCAGCGGCGGCAAGUGGUCACAGUGUCUCCUCAGUGGUACAGGAUUAGCAGUUCCCGGAGUGUGCUGCCGUAAUCCCACACCGCCAACACCUGAUACAUCUUACCCGGCCGCAGACAAGUGUGGCGUCCAUAACAUUGCCCUGGAUACUCGCAUCCAAAACAAAGACCUUAAGUAUUACCAGACAACCUUCGCAGAGUUUCCUUGGCAAGCCAUUAUCUUCUUCUCUAAUUUCACUUUCAAGUGCGGUGCGUCCCUCAUCGGUGAUCGCUGGUUGCUAACCGCUGCGCAUUGUGUUAAAGACUUACCUGUGAAUGACCUGCGCGUGCGGCUCGGUGAGUGGCAAGUUGACCAGUACAAGGAACCCCUGCAGUACUACGACGCAAAUGUGGCAUCCAUUAAAAUUCAUCCACUAUUCAAUCCUAAAAACGUACAUAACGGCAUUGCUGUGGUAGAGUUGUCCGUACCUGUGGUAUUCCAAUAUCACAUUAACACAAUAUGUCUUCCAAAUAAGGGACAAAUAUUCCCUAAAGGGACUCGGUGCUUCGCUACGGGCUGGGGUAAGGAUGCCUUCGAUGGUGGUAAGUAUCAAGUAAUCCUGAAGAAGGUCGAGGUGCCAGUCGUGCCUAAUCCUGAAUGCCAGGGGCUACUGCGUAAGACGCGCCUGGGCAAAUUCUUUAUCCUGGAUAAGUCGUUCAUGUGUGCUGGAGGGGAGGAGAAGAAGGACGCCUGUGAGGGAGAUGGAGGUGGCCCACUGGCUUGCCAGGAUCAAACCACAGGAGACUAUGUCCUUACCGGCAUCACCGCCUGGGGUAUCGGCUGUGGCCAGAAAGAUGUGCCUGGUGUGUAUGUUGAUGUGCAGUACUUCCGUGAGUGGCUGGAUGGUAUCAUCAACCAGCAGGAUGGUCAACAACAACAGCAGCAGAGCUCAGGGGGUUACAGCGGAAAGUAAGAUACACAUGUUACAGUUCUAUAUCACUAUUUCCUCCGUAAUGCGUCUUGUCUAUUUUUAUAUUAGGUCACCAUAAUAAUAAUGUAAUACUCAAAAAUAUAAUCUGUGAUAUGUCUUUUCUAAUAAACAGAAUUUUCGACAA